UAAGUCCCAUCUCUUCUUCAUUUAACACCAUUAAACCAAUCAAGUCAAAAAGUUUCUUCUUUUAAGUAUUUUUCUUAUCAAUGGCUUCAUCAUCUGCUAUGUCUCUCCAAUCUGUGUCUAUGACACAUCUUAACAAUCUUUCAUGUAAUCGUCAGUUUCAUCGUAGCUCUCUUCUUGGUUUCUCUAAAUCCUUUCAGAAUCUUGGUAUCUUAUCUAACGGUCAAGAUUUCUCCUCUCGAUCAAGUUUCACUCCCAAGAAGAACCUUACUCCUACUCGAGCUCUUUCCCAGAACGGCAAUAUUGAAAACUCCAGACCAAGUAAAGUUCAAGAACUAAGCGUGUACGAACUCAACGAGUUAGAUAGACACAGCCCAAAGAUUCUUAAAAACGCAAUGAGCCUAAUGUUCGGUCUCGGCGACCUAGUCCCAUUCACAAACAAACUCUACACCGGCGAUCUCAAGAAGCGUGUUGGCAUCACGGCUGGUCUCUGCGUGGUGAUCGAACACGUUCCCGAGAAGAACGGUGACAGAUUCGAAGCCACUUACAGCUUCUACUUCGGAGACUACGGCCACUUGUCCGUACAAGGACCGUACUUGACUUACGAGGACUCGUUCUUGGCCAUCACUGGUGGUACAGGGAUCUUCGAAGGCGCGUACGGACAGGUCAAGCUUCAACAGCUUGUGUACCCGACGAAACUGUUCUACACUUUUUACCUUAAAGGGUUGGCUAAUGAUUUGCCUGAGGAGCUCACCGGAACUCCAGUUACGCCGUCUAAAGACGUGAAGCCUGCGCCAGAAGCUAAGGCGCUGAAGCCUAGCGGAGUUAUAAGUAACUUUACUAAUUAAUUCAUGAAACUAAUCUUUAUGUUAUUGUUUCUUGUAUUCAUCGAAUCAUUGUGGGGAAUAAAAUAUCUUCUUGAUUUUUUUCUU